AUGACCGUUCCGUUUACCGCGCUCCAAUUUCUUGCCUAUGAGUCUAUCUCCACCGCUAUGAACCCUACCAAGAAGUACGACCCUGUGACGCACUGCUUUGCAGGCGCUAUUGCCGGCGGGGUUGCAGCCGGCCUCACGACACCGAUGGACGUAAUCAAGACUAUGCUGCAGACCCGCGGAAGCGCCGGUGACCCCGAGCUACGCAGCGUAAACAGCUUUAUGGCCGGUUGCCGUCUUCUCCACGCGCGGGAGGGACUCCGGUUGUGA